AUGGCCCUGUUCCGCUCUCCGCGGAGCGCGUUCGGGGCGCUGCGCCCCGCCUGCGUGCAGCUGACGCGGGUGCAGACGGCGGAGAACGUGUGUCGGCUGGCGGCGCGGCUGGCGGCGGUGAGCGGCCCGGCGCUGCAGGAGCUGCAGGAGUACGUCCUCUUCCCGCUGCGCUUCGCGCUGAGGGCGCCGGGGCCGCAGCGGGAGCGGCUGGUGCAGAGCGCGGUGCAGUGCAUGGCCUCGGUGCUCGCGGCCACCGCCGUGCGCAGGCCGGAGCUCCUGCGGGAGCUGCUGGCGGAGCUCUGCGCCUGCCUCGCCCCCGGCCCCGCCGCGCCGAGCGAGGACGUGAAGCUGGCGGUGACCGAGGCGCUCCGCACGCUGCUGCACUCGGCCUCGGGCGAUGUGAGCCUGUCCCUGUACCAGCCGGCCACCCUCCCGCUCCUCGGCUGUGCUGUGUCCUUGCUCCUGGGCCUGGCGGAGCGAGAGAGAGCAAAGCAGCUCAAGGUCUCUGCGCUGAAGUGCUUGCAGGUCCUGGUCCUGCAGUGCGACUGCCAGGAGCACCGGCCCCUUGGCGAUGACGAGGCGCAGCAAUGUGGGGAUCUGUUUGCUUCCUUUCUGCCUGGGGUUUCCAUUUCCCUGUCCCGGGUCGUUACCGGAGACAUCAAACAAGGGCACAAACCCACCGUUGCUGCCAUCAGACUCUUUUAUCUGAUUGUUGGCCUGGUGAUGGCCGAUGCACAGCUAGCCAGAGUCCCAAAGAGCAAAGAAAAGCUACCAGAGAAGGAAAGCAGAGUAUCAGAAAUACUGGUCCAUAGAGGAGCCGACUGGAGCAAAAGUACAGCCGAAAAACUCUCUCUCCUCCUGCAGAAAAUGGUUGAGUUCUCCUCAGUUCACCCCCACUGGAAAGUGAGACUGGAGCUGGUGGAACUGGUCCACCACUUACUGAGGAACUGCAGCCAUUCGCUGGAGAGCUCCUUCACUCACCUCUUGAAGGCCUUGGUGGGACUGGUUAACGACGAAAGCAGCGAAGUCCAGAGCAGAUGUAACGAGGUUCUGCAGGGCAUUGCAGAGCAGAGGAUCAUAGCACAGAGCAGGGCUCUGGCUGAUGUCCUCUCCGAGAACCUCCACUCCCUUGCCACAGCGCUUCCUCGCCUGAUGAGCUCUCAGGAUGACACAGGCAAGGUUUCCACUCUGAGCUUGCUGCUCGGCUACCUGAAGCUGCUGGGCCCCAAGAUUAACGUCGUCCUCAACUCCACAUCGCACCUCGGCCGCCUCUCCAAGGCACUGAUGCAGGUUCUGGAGCUGGACGUGACGGACGUGAAGGUAGUGGAGGAUAGACGCUGGGGCUGUGAGGGCUCCCUGCAGCCUGGUGUGCAGAAUGGCAGAUGCCAGAGGAAAUACUUCCGCUUCUUCACAGAGGAGAAGGUUUUCCAGCUCCUUCAACAAGUGUGUCGUGUUCUUGGCUACUACGGAAACCUCUAUUUGCUUGUGGAUCAUUUCAUGGGGCUGUACGGCGAAUCUGCCAUGUACCGAAAGCAGGCGGCCAUGGUCCUCAAUGAGCUGAUUGCAGGAGCUGCUGGAGUGGGAGUGGAUGUCCUCCAGGAAAGGGAAGCGUCACCGAGCAUGGACGAUCUCAAAGGGUCCGUAACAUCCAUUCUCGAAGAGUACACAGACCAGGCAAAUUGGUAUUUGAUCACGAGCGUUGAUACGGAAGAAGUCAGCCAUGAGCAGCACCCUGUGCAGCACACAGGACUCCCUGCCCGCCCAGGGGGGACGUGCAGCACCAUUCUCCUUCCAUCCCCGGAGCUGCACGCAACGGCCCGCACCAUGAACAGCAACAUCUGGCAGAUGUGCAUCCAGCUGGAAGGGGUCGGCUGCUUUGCUGCUGUCCUCGGGAAGGAGUUCCGGCUGCUCCUGCUGACGGCUCUGUACCCGGUGCUGGAGAAGGCUGGUGACAAGACCCUGCUCAUCAGCGAGACGGCGCUGGGGACGCUGGCAGAGAUGAGCGAGGCCUGUGGCUACGGCUCUGUGCAGCGUCUGAUUAAUGACAACUCUGACUAUCUGGUGAACGGGAUCUCCCUGGGCUUGCGCCAGCUGGCACAGCAGCCCCAUGCCUCCCGGGUGCUGGACACUAUGCUGAGGCAUUCAGAUGCCAGCUUGCUGCCACUGGUAGAAGAUAUUAUCCAAGAUGUCCUGUCAACGCUAGAUCAGUGUUACAACAGCCAGGCUUCCACCUUCCUCGGGGUCCUGCACUCACUAAUGACAGCUUUAGUCCAGUGGUUUGGCUCAUCCUGCAGUGAGGAACAGCAGCAGAGCACCGAGUGCCAGAACAGGACCUUGUCCCCAGGGCCACAGGCGGUGACAGCACGAGACAUGGAGCAGUUCUUCCUGGACUACAUCAGGCAGAAGCAGAUUGCAGAGGGCGAUGUUCCCGACUCAGGGGAUGAGGAGGCAGAUGAGGUUCCCACCCUUGCUAAGCCAGAGCCAAACAACUGUGAGACAGAAGGAGAAGCUCCCCUGCCCAGCCAUGCUCAGCUGGCCAAAGACGUGCUGGAGAGGUGCAUCCACUUGCUGUCUGACAGGAGCCUCCGUGUGCGGCUCAAGGUUCUGGACGUGCUGGAGCUCUGUGUAAUUGUGCUGCAUCCUCACGGAAACCAUCUGCUUCCCAUGGCUCACCGUGUCUGGCCAGCUCUCGUCACCCGCCUGAUCAGCGAUGACCCUCUGGCAGUGCUCAGAGCCUUCAAGGUGCUGUGUACCCUGGCUCAGAAGUGUGGGGACUUCCUGAGGCUGAGAUUCUCCAGAGAUGUCCUGCCUAAGCUGACCAGCUCCCUCCUCAGCCAGGCCCCAGCAAGUGCCAGAGCCGGGCCUGUGUACACCCACACGCUCGCCUUCAAGCUGCAGCUGGCUGUGCUGCAGGGCCUGGGCUCUCUGUGCGAGAAGCUGGACAUGGGCGAGUGUGACCUGAAUAAAGUGGCAGAUGCCUGCCUGAUUUACCUCAGCGCCAAGCAACCCAGGAAACUGCAAGAAGCUGCCCAGAGUGUUUUCCUCCACUUAAUGGCCGUGGACCCUGACUGGACAUGGCUCUUGCUGACAGAGACCUGCUGCCCGCACGGGUACGAGCCCCCCCACGCCAGCCUGCGGCCGGUGAAGCUGGCAGGGAUGGGGAGGCCGCGGAAUGAGCUGACGGACAACGUGGGGCUGCUGCUGGAGCGGCUGCGGCAGCGGGAGAGCGGAGCCCAGGAACCCCCUCCCUGAGGGAGCUCUGAAGUGGCUGGAGCGGGAGAGGAGCUGCCGGGAUGGAGCUCACCCAGGAAGAGGCCGGGAUCUGGAGCCCGGAUCGUGCGGGGCAGAGGAGGAGCUGCCUGUUCUAAACAGCCGUCGAGGUGAGGUGGGUACAUUGCUCUGAUUCCUCCUGGCCUGGUGCUGGGCAGGACUCUGAGGGUCACAGCACAUCUGCUUCAAGGGCUUCAGUACCGAGAGCGAGUCAUUUUCCAGAACUUACUUCCCAGCUCUGGAUCCUUGGCCAGUGGCCCUGCAGCAGCCACCCCACUCCUCCAACCUCCUCACAACUGGCAUCCUUUCUCCUGUUCUCUGCUUGACAGCAGUUGACAACUCAGAAGCCCAUUUCUGGCCUUAACCCUUCCCAGGAAAGAAUCCAGCUUGGGUGUGUUAAAGCCAUUUUCUUUGUAAAACCAAUUGAUACCAGAAAAGUUAAAAUGCAUUUCCAGUAAAUCCUCACCAGUAUUCCCAGCAAGAGCAACAGAUCCUCUGGGGAACAUCAAGGCUGCUGCUGAGACCAGGCAACUGCAUUGUGCUCCAAAGUCCCACCACAGAGCAGGAUUAGUGUGACCAGAUGUGGCAGUGAAACCCAGCCCUGGCUGACAGCUUGCAGUGAGUGAAGGCUCCUGCCUCCCCAGUCGCCUGCCAUUUCCACAGGGCAUUUCUGACCCCUCUCCAUCACCCACCCUGAGGAGACCUGGAUGAAGUUAUCUACCUGUGCCCUGUGCAGCCUCCAGGGUGGGCGCAGACGUGGUCAGAGGAGGUGACAGGAGGUGUGAGCAUGGCAGUGCCAUGGUUUGCAAUGCAGCAAGAGGGGGGGACAGCCAGUCCCUGGGGUCUCCUGCUGCCCCUCGGAACACGCAGGGCUCACAGGAACCCGCUGCAGCUCCGGGUCCUCCAGGCUCCAUCGCAGACAGUCUGCAGCCGGCUGCUCCCAGGCCGUGUCUCUGGGAUUCAGCUCCUUCACCCCGAGCGGCUCCUGGCAGCUGCAGCACCCACAAGAGUUCUGUGCUGGGGGAGCAAAGGGACAGACUGUGACUGCGAGUGUGGGAGCAAGCUCAGAAAGGCAAAAACCAAAGCAAUAAACUGAUGGUGACAUGG